AUGGAGAAGAGAAUCGAACUGGAGAAACGGGGCCGGAGCGCCGAAGAGAUAGAUCAAUUGAUUUUGGAUGAUUGUCGUAGUACUGCAAUAGUUGGUCUUACAGAUGAAUAUGUCGGUUUACGCAAUCUUAGUAUAAUCAAUGUUGGUUUAACAAGCUUAAAAGGUUUUCCUGCAUUGCCUUCGCUUCUUUUUUUGGAUGUCAGUGAAAAUCGUAUUUCCAAUAGUCUUCAAAACCUAAGUGGUUGUACUAAUCUCAAAUCAUUGAAUCUCAGCCAAAAUAAAUUGAAAGAUAUUGAAGCAAUUGAUCCAUUGAAAUCUCUAAAACGUCUCAAGUAUUUGGAUUUGUCUAAUAAUGAAGUAACUAAAGAAGAAGGUUAUAAAGAAUAUGUAAUAGAAUAUUUUGCCAAGUCCAUUACAUGUCUAGAUGGAGAUACUUUUUUCAAUGGCAAACAAGAAUCUGCCAGUGACAGUGAUGAUGAUUCAGAAUCUGAAGCUGAAGAAGAAGGCGAAGGUGACGACGAUGACGAUGAUGAUGAUGACGACGACGAUGAUGAUGAUGAUGACGAUGUUGAUGAUGUUGAUCGCGAUGAAGUCGGAAAAGAAAACUUGUAUACUGACGAUCAAUCGUCUGAUCAAUCAUCUGAUCAAGAAUAUGAAAAUGGUGAAGGAGGCUUGGAAGACUUGUUAAAAGAUAAUAUUGAUGAAGAAAGCGAAGGAAAUGAUUAUGUGUUAGAUGAGGAAGAUGGUGUAGAUCAAGAUUCUACGGAUGAAAGUGAUGAUGAUGCAGCCGAAGCCGAUGAUACGACUGCUAAUGAUUCAGAAAAUACUAGAGGGAAAAAAAGAAAACUUGAUGAAUAA